AUGUGCUGGGGUCCCCGGCUCCCGCUUCCAGCCCCCGCCCUGGCCCUGGCUCUGACCUUCGCUGUGUUGGUGGGACCAGCAUCCACAGCCUCCUUCUUCGGAGAGAACCACCUGGAGGUGCCUGUGGCCACGGCUCUGACCGACAUAGACCUACAGCUGGAGUUUUCCACGGCCCAGCCCGAGGCCUUGCUUCUCCUGGCGGCAGGCCCGGCUGACUACCUACUCCUGCAGCUCUACUCCGGACGCCUGCAGGUCCGACUUCUCCUGGGCCAGGAGGAGGUGAGAGUGCAGACCCCGGCAGAGACGCUGCUGAGCGACUCUGUCCCCCACAUCGUGGAGCUGACCGUGUCAGACAGCUGGGCCUUGCUGUCAGUCGACGGGCUCCUGAAUGCCUCAGCCCCAGUCCAGAGGGCCCCCCUGGAGGUCCCCUAUGGGCUCUUCCUGGGGGGCACGGGGAGCCUUGACCUGCCCUACCUGACGAGAGCCAGCCGACCCCUGCGGGGUUGCCUCCACACAGCCAUCCUCAAUGGCCGCAGCCUCCUCCGGCCGCUGACGGCGGAUGUGCCCGAGGGCUGUGCCGAGGAGUUCUCUGCUGGUGACGACGUGGCCAUGGGCUUCUCUGGGCCCUACUCGCUGGCCGCCUUCCCUGCCUGGGGCACUCGGGACGAAGGCACCCUGGAGCUUACACUCACCACACGGAGCCAGAAGGCGCCCCUGGCCUUCCAGGCCGGGGGCCGGCAGGGGGACUUCAUCUACGUGGACAUAUUUGAGGGCCACCUGCGGGCCGUGGUGGAGAAGGGCCAGGGCACUGUACUGCUCCACAACAGCGUGCCUGUGGCCGAUGGGCAGCCCCACGAAGUCAGCAUCCACGUGGAUGCCCACCGGCUGGAAAUCUCCGUGGACCAGUACCCCACACGGACUUCCAACCGUGGGGUCCUCAGCUACCUGGAGCCACGAGGUAAUCUCCUCCUUGGGGGGCUGGAUGCCGAGGCCUCUCGCCACCUCCAGGAGCACCGCCUGGGCCUGGCUGUCAACGUCUCCCUCCUGGGCUGCAUGGAGGAUCUCAGUGUCAACGGUCAGAGGCAGGGGCUCCGGGAAGCUUUGCUGACCCGCAACAUGGCAGCCGGCUGCAGGCUGGAGGAAGAUGAGUACGAGGAGGAUGCCUACGGCCCAUACGAAGCUUUCUCCACCCUGGCGCCCGAGGUGUGGUCGGCCAUGGAGCUGCCUGAGCCCUGCGUGCCAGAACCGGGGCUGCCUCUGGUCUUUGCCAAUUUCACCCAGCUGCUGACCGUCAGCCCGCUGGUGGUGGCCGAGGGAGGCACAGCCUGGCUGGAGUGGCAGCACGUGCAGCCCACACUAGACCUGAAUGAGGCUGAGCUGCGCAAGUCUCAGGUACUGUUCACCGUGAGCCGUGGGGCCCGCCAUGGCGAGCUGGAGCUGGACAUCCCGGGUGCCCAGGCGCGGAAGAUGUUCACCCUCCUGGACGUGGUGAACCGCAAGGCCCGCUUCGUCCAUGAUGGCUCCGAGGACCUCUCUGACCAGUUGGUGCUCGAGGUGUCAGUGACGACCCGGGGGGCCGUGCCUUCCUGCCUUCGCAGGGGCCAAACAUACAUCCUGCCCAUUCAGGUGAACCCUGUCAAUGACCCACCUCGUGUCAUCUUCCCACACGGCAGCCUCAUGGUGAUCCUGGAACACACUCAGAAGCCUCUGGGGCCGGAGGUCUUCCAGGCCUACGACCCAGACUCUGUAUGCGAGGGCCUCACCUUCCAGCUCCUCGGAGCCCCCGCCGGCCUACCCGUGGAGCGCCGAGACCAGCCUGGGGAGCCAGCAACCGAGUUCUCCUGCCGGGAGCUGGAGGCAGGCAGCCUGGUCUACAUCCAUCGCGGUGGGCCCGCCGUGGACCUGACAUUCCGGGUCAGCGAUGGGCUGCAAGCCAGCCCCCCAGUCACGCUGAAGGUGGUGGCCGUCAGGCCGGCCAUUCAGGUCCUCCACAACACGGGGCUGCGCCUGGCCCAGGGCUCCGCUGCACCUGUCUCGCCCGCCAACCUGUCGGUGCAGACCAAUGCCGUGGGGCAGGAUGUGAGCGUGCUAUUCCGAGUCACUGGGGCCCUGCGGUUGGGAGAGCUGCAGAAGCAGGGGGCAGGCGGGGCGGAGGGCACCGAGUGGAGAUCUACACAGGCCUUCCACCAGCGGGACGUGGAGCAGGGCCGCAUACGGUACCUGAGCACUGACCCCCAGCACCACGCCGAGGACACGGUGGAGAGCGUGGCCCUGGAGGUGCAGGUGGGCCAGGAGGCCCUGAGCAAUCUGACCUUCCCAGUGACGGUGCAGAGGGCCACGGUGCGGCUGCUGCGGCUGGAGCCACUGCACACCCAGAACACCCAGCAGGAGGCCCUCACCACAGCCCACCUGGAGGCCGCCCUGGAGGAGGCAGGCCCCCACCCCACCGCUUUCCUCUAUGAGGUGGUUCAGGCCCCCAGGAAGGGCAACCUUCAGCUCCAUGGCACGCGGCUGUCAGAUGGCCAGAGCUUCACCCAGGAUGACCUGCGGGCCGGCCGGGUGACUUACGGGGCCACAGCUCGUGACUCAGAGGCAGUCGAGGAUGCCUUCCGUUUCCGCGUCACGGCCCAGCCACACUUCUCCCCGCUGUACACCUUCCCCAUCUACAUCGGCGGUGAUCCGGAUGCCCCCGUCCUCACCAACGUCCUCCUCUCGGUGCCCGAGGGCGGGGAGGGCGUCCUCUCUGCUGACCACCUCUUCGUCAAGAGUCUCAACAGUGCCAGCUACCUCUACGAGGUGAUGGAGCGACCCCGCCAUGGCAGGUUGGUGUGGCGGGAUGCACAGGACAAAGCUACCAUGGUGACAUCCUUUACCAACGAGGACCUGCUGCACAGCCGGCUGGUCUACCAGCACGACAACUCGGAGACCACGGAAGAUGACAUCCCCUUUGUGGCUACCCGCCAGGGCGAGGGCAGCAGUGACAUGGCCUGGGAGGAGGUACGGGGUGUCUUCCGUGUGGCCAUCCAGCCCGUGAACGACCACGCUCCUGUGCAGACCAUCAGCCGCGUCUUCCACGUGGCUCGCGGCGGGCAGCGGCUGCUGACCACAGACGACGUGGCCUUCAGCGACGCCGACUCCGGCUUUGCAGAUGCUCAGCUGGUGCUGACCCGCAAGGACCUCCUCUUCGGCAGUAUCGUGGCUGUGGACGAGCCCUCUCGGCCCAUAUACCGCUUUACCCAGGAGGAUCUCAGGAACCGGCGGGUCCUGUUUGUGCACUCAGGGGCUGACCGCGGCUGGAUCCAGCUGCAGGUGUCCGACGGACAGCACCAGGCCACCGCGUUGCUCGAAGUGCAGGCCUCCGAGCCUUACCUCCGUGUGGCCAAUGGCUCCGGCCUGGUGGUCCCUCAAGGAGGCCAGGGUACCAUUGACAUAGCCGUGCUCCCCCUGGACACCAACCUAGAUAUCCGCAGUGGAGAUGAGGUCCACUACCAGGUCACAUCCGGUCCACGCUGGGGGCAGCUGCUCCGGGCUGGCCAGCCAGUCACCAGCUUCACCCAGCAGGACCUGCUGGAGAGAGCCAUUCUCUACAGCCACAACGGCAGCCUCAGCCCCCGUGAUACCCUCGCCUUUUCUGUGGAGGCAGGGCCUGUGCACACGGAAGCCACCCUGCAAGUGACCAUUGCCAUCGAGGGGCCAGUGGCCCCCCUGCACCUGGUCCGGCACAAGAAGAUCUAUGUCUUCCAGGGAGAGGCAGCUGAGAUCAGAAGGGACCUACUGGAGGCAGCCCAGGAGGCAGUGCCGCCGGCGGACAUCGUGUUCUCGGUGAAGACCCCGCCGAGCGCGGGCUACCUGGUGAUGCUGUCCCACGGCGCCGUGGCAGCCGAGCCUCCCAGCCUGGACCCCGUGCACCGUUUCUCCCAGGAGGCAGUGGAUGCGGGCAGGGUCCUGUACCUGCACUCCCGCCCUGAGGUCUGGAGCGACACCUUCUCCCUGGAUGUGUCCUCAGGCCUGGGUGCUCCCCUCGAGGGCGUCCGCGUGGAGCUAGAGGUGCUGCCCGCCGCCAUCCCCCUGGAGGCACAGAACUUCAGUGUCCCGGAGGGCGGUGCCCGCACCCUGGCCCCGCCCCUGCUCCGCGUCACUGGGCCCUACUUCCCCACGCUGCCGGCCCUCCACCUGCAGCUGCUGGAGCCGCCGCGGCAUGGAGCCCUGCAGAGAGAGGAGGGGCCUCAAGACGGGAGCCUCAGCGCCUUUUCCUGGAGAGAGGUGGAACAGCAGCUGAUCCGCUACGUGCAUGAUGGGAGCGAGACGCUGGCAGACAGUUUUGUCCUAGUGGCUAACGCCUCAGAGAUGGACCGCCAGAGCCACCCCGUGGUCUUCACCAUCACCAUCCUGCCUGUCAACGACCAGCCCCCCAUCCUCACCACAAACACAGGCCUGCAGAUGUGGGAGGAGACCACGGUGCCCAUCCCAGCGGAGGCACUUAGGGGCACAGACAGCGACUCCGGACCCGAGGACCUGGUCUACACCCUGGAGCGGCCCAGCAAUGGACGGGUGGUGCUGAGUACAGCGCCGAGCACCGAGAUCCACAGCUUCACCCAGGCCCAGCUCGAUGGCGGACUCGUGCUGUUCUCACACAGAGGAGCCCUGGACGGAGGCUUCCGCUUCAGCCUGUCUGAUGGCGAGCACAGCUCCGCGGGACACUUCUUCCGGGUGACGGCCCAGAAGCAGCUGCUCCUCUCCCUGGAGGGCAGCCGGACGCUGACCGUCUGCCCAGGGUCCGUCCAGCCGCUCAGCAGCCAGAGCCUGAGAGCCAGUUCCAGUGCGGGCACUGACCCCCAACACUUGCUCUACCGGGUGUUGGGGGGCCCCCGGUUUGGCCGGCUCUUCCACACCCAGCAGGGCAGCACCGGGGAAGCCCUGGAGAACUUCACUCAGGCAGAGGUAUAUGCUGGGAACGUUCUGUAUGAGCACGAGAUGCCCUCCGAGCCCUUCUGGGAGGCCCAUGACACCCUGGAGCUCCAGCUGUCCUCACCCCCUGCCCCCGACAUGGUCGCCACCCUUGCCGUGACCGUGACUUUCGAGGCUGCCUGUCCCCAGCACCCCAGCCGCCUCUGGAGGAACAAAGGUCUCUGGGUCUCCGAAGGCCAGAGGGCCGAGAUCACCACUGCGGCCCUCGAUGCCGCCAACCUUCUGGCCAGCGUCCCAUCGCCCCGACGCCUGGAGCAUGACGUGCUCUUCCAGAUCACGCAGUUCCCCACGCGGGGCCAGCUGUUGGUGUCCGAGGAGCCCCUCCAUGCCGGGCGGCCCCACUUCCUGCAGUCUGAGCUGGCCGCAGGGCAGCUGGUGUACGCCCACGGCGGCGGGGGCACCCAGCAGGAUGGCUUCCGCUUCCGCGCCCACCUCCAGGGGCCGGCGGGGGCCCCCGUGGCGGGACCGCAGACCUCAGAGGCCUUCACCAUCACGGUGCGCGAUGUGAAUGAGAGGCCACCACAGCCUCAGGCCUCCGUCCCGCUCCGGCUUACCCGAGGCUCCCGCAGCCCUGUCUCCCGGGCCCAGCUGAGCAUGGUGGACCCAGACUCCGCUCCCGGGGAGAUCGAGUAUGAGGUGCAGCGGGCCCCCCACAACGGCUUCCUGAGCCUGGCGGGGGCCAGCCCGGGGCCGGUGACCCGCUUCACGCAGGCUGACGUGGAUGCAGGACGCCUGGCGUUCGUGGCUAAUGGGAGCAGCGUGGUGGGUGUGUUCCAGCUGAGCGUGUCCGAUGGGGCCAGCCCCCCGCUGCUCAUGUCCCUGGCUGUGGACGUCCUGCCCUCAGCCAUUGAGGUGCAGCUGCGGGCGCCCCUGGAGGUGCCCCAAGCUUUAGGGCGCUCCUCCCUCAGCCGGCAGCAGCUCCGCGUGGUUUCCGAUCGGGAGGAGCCAGACGCAGCCUACCACCUCACCCAGGGGCCCCGGUACGGGCAUCUGCUGGUGGGCGGGCAGCCUGCCACAGCCUUCAGCCAGCUCCAGGUAGACCAGGGAGACGUGGUCUUUGCCUUCACCAACUUCUCCUCCUCUCACGAUCAGUUCAGCAUCCUGGCGCUGGCCAGGGGUGCCAACGCAUCUGCCACGGUGAACGUAACUGUGAGGGCUCUGCUACACGUGUGGACAGGUGGGCCGUGGCCCCAGGGUGCCACCCUGCUCCUGAACCCCACUGUCUUAGAUGCGGGAGAGCUGGCCAACCGCACGGGCAGUGUGCCGCGUUUCCGGCUCUUGGCAGGACCCCGGCACGGCCGCGUGGUUCGAGUGCCCCGAGCCAGGACAGAGCCUCGGGGAGGCCAGCUUGUGGAGCAGUUCACCCAGCAGGACCUUGAGGAUGGUCGGCUGGGACUGGAGGUAGGCAGGCCAGAGGGUAGCUCUCCCAGCCCCACGGGUGAUAGUCUCAUUCUGGAGCUGUGGGCAAGGGGUGUCCCUCCCGCUGUGGCCUCGCUGGACUUUGCCACGGAGCCUUUCAACGCAGCCCGGACCUACAGAGUGGCCCUGCUCAAUCUGCCUGAGGCUGCUCAGACUGAAGCCAGGGAGCCAGAGAGCAGCUCCCCCACGGGCGGGCCAAGCCCAGCGACCUCCAGCCCCGUGCCCCCCAUGGCCAGCGGGGGCUUCCUGGGCUUCCUGGAGGCCAACAUGUUCAGCGUCAUCAUCCCCAUUUGCCUGGUCCUCCUGCUCCUGGCCCUCAUCGUGCCUCUGCUCUUCUACCUCCGCAAACGCAACAAGACAGGCAAGCACAACGUCCAGGUGCUGACCGCCAAGCCCCGAAACGGCCUGGCCAGUGAUGCCGAGACCUUCCGCAAGGUGGAGCCAGGCCAGGCCAUCCCACUGACGGCGGUGCCUGGCCAGGGGCCCCCGCCGGGGGGCCAGCCUGACCCCGAGCUGCUGCAGUUCUGCCGGACAGCCAACCCUGCCCUCAAGAACGGCCAGUACUGGGUGUGA